AUGUGUUGUAACUACGGGAACUCCUGUGGCUAUGGCUGCGGAUGCGGCUAUGGCUGUGGCUAUGGCUCAGGCUAUGGCUGUGGCUAUGGCUCCCGUUGUGGCUGUGGCUAUGGCUCAGGCUGUGGCUGUGGCUAUGGCUCAGGCUGUGGCUGUGGCUAUGGCUCUCGUUGUGGCUGUGGCUAUGGCUCAGGAUGUGGCUACGGCUAUGGCUCAGGCUGUGGCUGUGGCUAUGGCUCCCGUUGUGGCUAUGGCUAUGGCUCAGGAUGUGGCUACGGCUAUGGCUCAGGCUGUGGCUGUGGCUAUGGCUAUGGCUCAGGAUGGGGCUGUGGCAAAGGCUCCUGCUGUGGCUGUGGAUAUGGCUCUGGGUGCUGUGGCUACCGGCCAUUUUGCUACAGAAGAUGUUAUUCUUCUUGCUGCUAG